AUGGUCUAUAGACUGUCAGCCUCAUUGAGCGGGCAUUCUCAAGAUGUCAGAGGCGUUGCAUCCCCUACUGCCGGCCUUGUUCUCUCAGCAUCGCGCGAUGCCACGGCAAUCGUCUGGGAAAAGUCGCAAUCGGAACCAAAGUUUACCAUCUCGGCCACUUAUAAACCUAGCGAGGGCUUCAUCAACUCGAUAGCUUAUGUUCCACCAUCAGCGGACGCACCGCAAGGCCAUGUGGUCACUGGAGGUCAGGAUGGAAUCAUCAAUGUAUUCACCUUGGGCGAUCCAUCCACCGAACCAGCAUACUCUCUGAUUGGUCACACUGCAAACGUGUGCGCACUGACAUCUUCACCUACGGGUAAUCUUGUUUCUGGAUCCUGGGAUACGACCGCACGAGUUUGGCGAGAUUUCAAGGAGCUCUAUGUCCUAAAAGGUCAUACUCAAUCUGUUUGGGCCGUACUCUGUAUAGACGAGAACCAGACACUCACUGCCUCUGCGGAUCGGACGAUCAAAUUGUGGAAUCAGCACAAGGAAAUGCAACGCUUUCACGGUCACAACGAUGCAGUCCGUGGUCUAGUGCUCGUGCCUGACAUUGGCUUUGCAUCAUGCUCCAACGACAGCGAAAUUCGCGUCUGGACCCUACAAGGAGACUUGGUUUACACACUCGUUGGUCACACCUCCUUUGUCUAUUCCUUGUCCAUCCUUCCAUCUGGGGAUCUCGUAUCCAGCGGAGAAGAUCGAACCGUGCGGGUGUGGAAAGAUGGGGAGUGCUCUCAGACAAUCGUCCAUCCGGCCAUCUCCGUCUGGACAGUCUCCACCAUGCCGAAUGGGGACAUUGUCAGCGGAUGUAGCGAUGGUGUCGUGCGGGUCUUUAGCAGUGUUGAAGAGCGGUGGGCACCCGCAGACGAAUUGAAGCUCUACGACGACACAAUCGCGAACCAAGCUCUACCUUCUCACCAACUUGGAAACGUGAAAAAAUCUGACCUUGCGGGGCCAGAGGCGCUCUCUCAGCCAGGCAAAAAGGACGGUCAGGUAAUCAUGGUCAAGAAUGGCAAUCUUGUAGAAGCACACAAGUGGGACUCAAACACCAGAACAUGGCAAAGGAUGGGCGAAGUCGUCGAUGCCGUUGGAUCUGGUCGCAAGCAGUUGCACGAAGGCAAGGAGUACGAUUACGUGUUUGAUGUUGACAUCAAAGAUGGUGCCCCACCUCUCAAGCUCCCAUACAACGCCAAUGAAAACCCAUAUCAGGCCGCUCAUCGGUUCCUAACUCGAAACGACUUGCCGUUGACAUAUAUCGACGAGGUGGCCAAGUUUAUUGAAAAAAACACGUCGGCGGUAACCAUUGGACAAUCAAACGAGCAAUAUGUCGAUCCAUAUACUGGCGCCUCUCGUUAUGUACCACGCGGGACUUCAUCCCAAGCACCAGCACCAUCAACUUCCUACGGCUCUGGUGCGGUAAAUAGUGCAAAUGUUGACCCGUUUACUGGAGCUAGCCGAGGCUCUGGGCCACAAAAGAUUCUACCAGUCCUUGCACCAUUGCCAUUCAAACAAGCAAAUGUCACAGCUAUGCAGACAAAGAUCCAAGAGCUCAACGAAAGCGUCAAGGCAAGCGAUGCCACACUUGCCUUUACCGCAGAAGAAGGCGCCAAUUUGACAGAAAUUAUUGGGGCUCUAUCGACCAAUAACGCCAGCGUCCUCACGGGUCCGCACAUUACUUUGGUUGCUGGAAUCAUUGCACGGUGGCCACAAGCAUCCGUCUUUCCACUUAUUGAUUUACUGAGAGUCGUAUUGGCAAACAACCCAGCUGCCCUGAAAUCUGUCAAGGACAAACAAACCAUCUUAUCUGCUCUAUUUGGCGCGCUUGGAAUAGAUCAACCUUGGGAGAUGCCACUUCCAAAGGCGCGCGAGACGAAUGUGCUCCUAGUGAACCGGACGAUCGCAAAUAUGUUUGUCCCUCAGGCAGGGUCCUUACCCGCCGCGUGGUCAACUACGUCUGGGGCGUAUUCCAGCGGAAGCGUGGACAAAAGGACCUUGCUAGCACUCGCGACUCUCCUCUUCAACUAUAGCUGUGCGAUCCACCACUCUCAAAAGGCAGCGCAGGACCAAGAGACGCACCUCGCUCUCAUCGAGACGGUCCUCAAGAAUCCCAAUUCGGAACCCGAAGCGCAGUACCGUGCGCUUGUCGCAUUUGGCAACGUUGUCAAGUCUAGCGCGAAGCCCAAACUCGGAAAGGCAACAUCGACGUGGUUGCGACUUUCCAGCGCCGCGGCGAAGAAGAAUGCAGAGAAGCGGAUGCAAGAUCUUGUCAACGAAGUGCAGAGUCUCAUCGUCUAG